AUUUGGUAUGAAUUGCCUCUAAUAAUUAUCAGUUCAGUUUAAAUAUUUAAAUUAGGAACCAUCCAAAAAUAGUAUUUAUUUCUGUUAUUUUUUAUCACACAGUUAAUUCUAGUUUUAUUCUAUGUUUUAAAUCCAAAUGAACUAAAUUAAACUUGGUCGAACUAUAUUUACUCAUUAUCCAAAGUAUUUUUUUGUUCAGUUACCUAUCCGGUUUUGAAAAUAUAUUGACAAAAACCAAUUUAGUUUCCUUCGCUAAUGUAUCUUACAUUAUGAAAACUAGAUUAUUCUGUUAUGGGAAUUUUAAAGUGGGUAUUAAGAACGGUUCACACUAUAACUUGCAUUACUUCAAAUAUAUGAAACAUAUUUUCUAUUACUGUGAUUCUUAGAUAAUCUUACAAGAAAGGGAAAAAGACUUAUAGACAUGGAGAUCUAUCCUCUAUCUAUACAAGAGAAUGAUGAUCCAUUUGCAACUAAAAUGAUUAUUAUAUUUUCUGCUUUCAUCUGUUUCAGUUUCAAAGGAUUUGACCGGAAAAGGGAAAAAUAAAAUAAAAAGUUGUAUAUUAAUAUCGAAAAGAUAUAUCUUAUCUACUUAUAAGAUCCUCAGCAGAUCCGUACGACUGUCACUGACCCAGAUAAGUUUCUUUAUUCAGUUUCCGAAAAGAAUCAGUCUUCCAUAUCCAACACACAAAUUGAACACACGCAAAAUCUUUCUACUUGUCAGGAAAACAAAAUCAUAUCAAAUCGGUUCUUGAUUUAUUACAGAGGAUUGAAACCUAAUAAAUCUCUUUUCAUAUCAUCAUAUAACUUAGUUCUAUACAAAAUGUAUCUCACUAUCUACAUUUUUGUAUUAUGCAAUAAUUCAAAGUGGUCCUCUAGAAAACAAAGAACCCCACACACGAUUCCAUGAACAUGACCUAACAAGUAACUACAUACAAAAGACAAAUACGUGCAACUUUAUAUGUAUAAUGACUGAUACUGAAACUAUAACCCCUAAAAAUAAGAUAUCACGAGAUAUCCGUGAUAUUCUUUGAUGCAAUCUCUUCGCCAUGCUCUUUUUCUUUUUAAUUAUGAGGAAUUAAAUAGUUGGUGAUAAUAAUAAUAGAAGAAACCAUCAUAAAUACCAUCACCAGAUUCACAUGACUCCACAACACUUUCUGAAUCUGUCACUUUCUUUCUAUAUGUAUCCUUGUCUUUUUGAUUUUUGAAUUUGUUUUUAUUAGAGGUGGUGGAAAAUUGAAAGCUAUAUGUCCUGAAGGGUGCCUGUAUUAAUGCUAGAGCCAGUCUUGCUUCUUAGCUUAUUGUCAAGCUGUUUUCUUUCUCAGUUACUUGACAUCUAAGGAACAAACGAGAUGAAUAGUGGUUCUUGUUCAUCUUUAAUGGAGGUGGGUUAUGAUGAUCAUCACCAUCAUCAUGGUCAUGAAGAGCUUCAUGUUUUGGCCGUGGAUGAUAAUCUUAUUGACCGUAAACUUGUAGAGAAGUUGCUCAAGAUCUCCUCUUGCAAAGUUACAACAGCAGAGAAUGCCAUUAGAGCAUUGGAGUAUUUGGGUUUGGGAGAUCAAGAUCAGCAUAUUGAUGCACUGACCAAUAAUGAUUUGAAGGUGAAUCUAAUCAUCACAGACUAUUGCAUGCCAGGGAUGACAGGCUUCGAGCUACUCAAGAAAGUGAAGCAGGAGUCAUCAAAUCUGAAAGAGGUCCCUGUUGUGAUAAUGUCAUCAGAGAACAUUCCUACUCGAAUCAACAAAUGUUUAGCUAGUGGAGCUCAAAUGUUUAUGCAGAAGCCACUGAAACUAUCGGAUGUUGAGAAACUUAAAUGUCAUCUCAUGAAUUGCAGAAGCUGAACAUGAGAGACCAUUAUGUAGCCCUAACCGUAAAAAAAUUUCAUUAUCUUGAUUCCUUAUUUGAUAGUGUUACAUGUUUUUUUGUGUCUUCUGAAAAUCAAGUAAUGUUUUCAAAAUAGCAAUCUUAAGCUACACACAAAAAAGAAGUGAAAGGGAUAUAAGAAAACGAUUAUGGUUAUGAAGA